AUGGCCCUCGACCACACUCUCUCUUCCCGAUGCCCAAAUAAGCCACAGAACCGAGAUGAGUUCGAGAUUGCAAUCAUUUGUGCUCUACCGAAGGAAGCAGAUGCCGUCAUUUCGAUAUUUGAUCAGAUUUGGGACGAAGACUACUAUGCAUACGGAAAGGCUUCCAACGAUCCAAACUCAUAUACGGCCGGUGUCAUAGGUGGUCAUAACGUGGUUGUCGCACACCAAUCACAUAUGGGAAAGGCAAAUGCAGCAACGGUUGCAUCAAAAUGUACUAUGAGUUUUACAAAGGUCAAACUGGCGUUUGUCGUCGGAAUCUGUGGCGGCGCGCCCCGGCACGCGGAGACUAAUGAAGAAAUCCUGUUGGGGGAUAUCGUGAUUAGCAAGGGUGUUAUCCAGUACGACUUCGGCAGGCAAUACCCCAGUCAGAUGGUUCGCAAGAUAGCCGUUGAGGAUCUUCUUGGUCGACCAAAUGCCGAGGUUGGGUCUAUCCUUGCCAAAUUUGAAACAGUGUAUCACAGGACAUCCCUUGAAAACAAUGUCUGGGAGAACUUGGACUCUCUUGACCAGGAUUCCCUCUGUUACCCGGGACCAGAUACAGACCAUUUAUUUCCUGCGCUAUAUCAUCAUCAACAUCGGCAGCCCUCCAUGUGUCAUGUGUGCUGCAUGACUGUGGAUGGCAUCUCUUCGGUGUGCGAGAAAGCCAUGAUUUCUUCUUGCGAGGUUCUGAAAUGCCAUGAGGGCGGGACUUCGUUUGUUGCUCGCUCCCGAAAGAACCAAAGAAAUCGGCCUAAUGUUCAUAUCGGCCUAGUCGCAUCUGGAGACUCGGUCAUAAAAUCCGGGAUCUUGCGAGAUAGACUUUCCGAUGAGACGAAUGCAAUUGCAUUCGAGAUGGAAGGGGCCGGAGUGUGGGGCAACUUUCCCAGUGUUAUCAUUAUCAAGGGCGUAUGUGACUAUGCAGAUAGCCACAAAAGCAAAGGGUGGCAGACUUACGCAGCUUCAACUGCUGCUGCGUGUAUGAAGGCUUUUCUCAGGCAUUGGGAUGUUUCCUCGAAUUGA